AUGAACAAAUUGCAAGCACAACUUACCGAGUUGAUCAAGACAACCAUUUCUGAAGAAAAUACCUCUUCCUCAUCAUCCAUAUCAUUGAACAGGAUUCAAUACUUGUCAAUACUUGAUCAUUUAGAAACAAUCAUUAAAAAACAAAAACAAGAAUAUUUAUGGGAAUUGAUUCAACAAGUUCCAACAGAAGUGAUGGUAGGAAAUAUUUGUCCAUAUUUACCUCUCGGAUUUUUAUUGAACGGAUCCAUGUUUUUAGUGUGUAAGAGAUGCAAGUUUUUUGACUGUUUUUACUUGAAAUCGAUGAGUUUGUUUGAAAAUCAUCGAGCUCGAGUAGAAGUUGAUAUUGAUGCAGAAAAGAUCAUGACACUGAGUGACAAUGAUGAUGACAAUGAUAACUCAACAAUGAACAAUGAAUCCGAUACUCAUCAUUCACACAGGCUUCCACUUUAUUCAUGUCACAUUGAGUCGAACAAAGUAGAUCGCGCUUCAAAAGAAACAGUCAAUUAUCUCAAUGAAGAGAACAUGUCAAAGGUGAGAGCUUGGUAA